GGACACGGAAAUAGACAUCUGCUGGCAGAGUUGGUUGAAUACUGUAUUAUUGUUUUCGGUAGCAUUUUCAGUGAGUUUUUAUGAUAUAUUUAUCAUUAAAUUGAGAGGAAAGUGGUAGAAAAAGCACCCUUUAUAGUUAUGCCACAAUCGGAGGAUGUGACAACCCUCUUUGAGGGAAAACCUAUUCAAGAUAUCAUAGCUAUAGAACAGAGUACUCGUGCGGAAAUCGAAAAAAAGAAAGAAAACCUCAGGCAAAUGGUUGGAGAAAGAUAUCGUGAUAUUAUAGAUGCAGCAGAUACAAUUCGUGAUAUGAAGAGUAAUGCAGAAAAGAUGGAACUUCAAAUUUCCAAAGUCGAUUCUGGUAGCGCUCCAUUCCUAGAUUCGAUAAUGGCUUGCUCCUCAAUAGAAAAUGAUUUUGAAAUGUGUAAGCAAGUAAAAAUGUAUAUGUCAAUGUCAGAACACAUCUGGGAAGCUCUGAGCGCAAAAAAAUUCUUAUUGGCUACACAACUGUAUCUUAUAACAAAAAAUAUUCAAUCAAAUAUUCAAAGGAAGUUUCCACAUAUAUUGCAGAAUGCUCCAGUUAUUCAUUUACAAUGGGUUUCAUUAAUCCAUUUCAAAACAACAAUUUUAAAUAUGUGCAGAAACGUUCUUCAAAUGAUUGAUGUAGAUGAUGAUAUAGUUGCCGAAAGCUUGAGUGCUAUAUUAUUUCUUGAAAAUUUCACUUGUCGUCAAGUACUAAGGGAUUUUCUCGUUGGCCGAACGAACGCAUUACAAAAAGCUUGUCGAACCGAAACUCAAUCCGUAACAAUAAAGAGUAAAAUAUGUAAAUUAGUCACUCUAAUGUUUAAUUCCCUCUAUCAAAUAUAUGUUAUAUUUGCGAAGGAGAAUUAUGAAUCUUUCAUUUUGCAUAAGUUGCGUAAUAAUACACAAAAGGAAUAUGUCGAAAGGCUAUUAGAUCAAUUUUCAUGUAAAGAAUAUACAUAUCUUGUCAUAAAUGAUACAUCUUCUAAAGUUGAUGAUCUUUGCGUUGUUUCGGAGAAUGAUUUAAGGAGUUUAUGCGAAGAAUGGUUCAUAGCGAGCUCUAAGCUCAUUAAGGAAAAUGUUAGCGAUUUUCUUAUGUAUUUAGACUCUAUAAAAAGCAUGUCUAAUAUAUUGGAAAGUAUUUGGGAAUUGUUAAAGGAAGAUUCUAGAUUUAGUCUUUGGCAUACUAUAUGUAGAUCUAUUUUGGGUUAUGAAAUGUGUGUUUGGAAAGAUAUACUAUCGCCUAUGUUUCAAAAACGAAUUGAACAAUUAGUUACUAAAUCAUUUGAUGAAAUGCUUGAAAAAAACAAUGCCUUUUUAGACGAUAUGCUUCGAAAUGUUACAGAUAUUCAAAGAGACAUAAAUAUUCAUUCAUAUGUUUGGCAAGAGCAAGCAGAAGAUUUAACAUCUGAUUGUGCUUGGAUGUCAUCUUCGGCAAAAUCUUUGACAAGUGGUGGUGGUUUAGUUAUGAAAACGAAAGGAUAUUCACCAUCCGUUCAAAGAUUUUGUAAAUAUGUUAAUGCUUCAAUUAAGUCAUUAUUAGAGGAUAUGGAAUAUUUCCUGAAAAGAACUUAUAAUGGUUAUAGUGUUGAACUGGAGGAUGAGGAAAAGCUGGUGUUUGAUAAAUAUUCCCUAAACGAAAAAUUAACAAAUUCUCUAUUAGAUUUAACGGAAUCUUACCUUAAAAAGUUAAUUGAAGAAUUAAGAACUAGAAUAAAACGAGAGGACAAUAAUGAAAUUUUAGCUAGAGUGGGUGUUCUGUUAGGAAGAAUAGCAGACUCUUUAUUGAAAUUAUGCCCUUCAAUUACACAAUGUAUAUUGAAUAGUUCUUAUGAAGAGAGUGUAAAAUUUCUAAAAAAUAUAACUAAAAUUAAGUCGGAGAAGAAUAGUAAAUGGUUUCAUUGCGAAAACUUGUUAUCACAGUUCUUUGAAGAAACUUUAAGUCUAUGGACCGAUUAUGCAAUAAUUGAUUUAGUUGGUAAGUUUGAGGUACACUUUUCUGGAAUUUCACUUUCGUCUUUCAUUUAUGAAUCAACUAAAUGGGAUGAGAUAUUAAUAGAAGAGAAGGAAGAUGAUAAUGAUAAAGCAGUUAGCACCCAAAUUAGGAUACCAAUGACAGCUUCGUGGUACGUUCAUGAUCUAUUGUUUAACGCUCGCUUACUCUUACAUACAAUCGGAGGACAUUCAAUUCCAAGGUCAGUAAAGCAAAAACCAAAAGAUUCCGAUUGUAACGAAAUUGUGCAUUUUUACAGAACUAUUAUUCAGAAAUUUACCAGCACACUCUGGAGGAAAGUUUUAGAGAACUAUCAACAUUAUUUAACAUCUAGUAAGAGCAGUGAAAGAGUUAAUCAAUCAGAUGGAGCAAUUAGACAAGUUAUAGCUUUACAAAUGCUUUUCGAUGUACAAUUUCUUCAUUCGUUCUUAUGUGCUGAUAAAAUUUUGAACGAAGAAUACCAAAGUGUAUUGCAAGAUUUUGAGAAGAGAGUAGAUCCAUUCGAUUUUGCAGUAUUUUCUCCCCCAAUGUCUCAACAUCUGCAAAGACAAUGUCAGAAAAAUAAACUCUUUUUUGGUAUCUUCACUGGAAAGGAUAGUAACCCGACUGAUAUGAGAAAAACAAUGAGUGGAAACCCCGAUCAACACAAUCUACUUGCAAUAACAUCUACAACAACCCGCUUUUCCUUAUUUCCAGUAACCUCUAACCGCAGCGUUUCAGAAAGGUUGGAAAAAUCUCAAACAGCUCCUGUACAAGCCCAAGGAGAAUCAUUUCUUGACAAUAUUCCAUGGUUUAGAAACAACUAGUUAAUAUUUCUCUGUAUAAAUGUAACAAUGGUAAGAGGAUAUCCUAAUAAAAUGGUUUUUUUUUUAAAAGCA